AUGUUUAUUAAAGAAAGCAACGUUAGUACAGAAUUUCCCGAUAAAACAAGUAGAUAUAAGUAUAGUUCAUGUGCUAAGAGGCUGGUGAAAAACAUAAACAAAGGAUACUACGACGUAAGCACCAUGACUACUCAAAUAGAGGGGUCCUCCUCGGUGUCCAAGGGGACACAAACCGGGGAGACCACCCCUACAGUGGCGACGCAGAGCCACACAGAAGACCUGGAGAGCGAUAUAGACUUAGACAUCCUAGAACUAAUAGGCUGUCCUAGUUUAUAUGAACUAGACAGCGAUAUUGACGAUUCUAAGGAGGAGGAGGAGAAGGAUAAGGAGAAGGAGGAGGAGGAGGAUAAGGAGGCAGAAGAGGAGGCAUCCACAUCACUGACGCCUCCACCAGUAAAAAAACAAAAAAAAAUAGAAAAAAUAAUAAAAUAA